AUGUAUAAAUUUCCAACAGCAACUGGUGUAAUUGAUUGUACACAUAUAGGAAUCCUGAAACCAAAUCGCCAUGGAGAUGUGUAUAUCAACAGAAAAGGGAAACCUACUUUAAAUGUGCAAGCCACUUGUGAUGCUAGAGAGAUGUUCACAAGUAUUGAUGUCAGCUGGCUUGGAACAGUGCAUCAUUCCAGAAUAUGGAGAAAUUCACAGACUAGAUCACAUCUAAUAAAUAAAGCAAAUGUUGUACUACUUGGCGAAGACGGUAAUGGCAUUGAGCCAUUCCCUUCAGAAAUCCUACUCCAGGUGCAGAAAUAA